AUGGCCGCCUUCAUGGCCGGCGGGAGGCCGCCCUCCCCCGUCGACGAAAUCCUCAAAAACAUGAAUUUAACGCGUGAAGACCUCGCCAGACACAGCGAGCAAAUGCGCCUGUUUCUAACAGGCGGGGCAGACUGCGCCUCCUCAAGCACAUUCCCUACCCAACCUUCCAAACACAACACGCAGACCACCCUCUCUCGGAAAUCAUCCUCUCGCGCGAUCUCACGCUCGAGCUCGGUCGUUAACACGUUUGGUCGUGCUGCGUCGCCGUCGCCAUCGCGUGUGCACGUAAAGCCCGAGCCUUUCGAAGAAGCGCUCCCGACGCGCUCCCUUGGCACCAUGGAGCUUGUGUUAGAGCGCAAAAGUAGGCAGAGCAGAGAAAGGCGCUGUAUGUUUCGUCGUACCUUCGCGUGGCUAGGCGCUCACAAAUUCUUUCAGCCUCCAAUGCAUGUUCUCGAGACGACCGACGCGCUCAAGACGAAGAUUACACCACAAACACCUCACCACUACAGACACUACAGUGAACGUGUUCUAGGCGACGCUUUCGCGUCACGAACAGCCUUGCCACCAUUCGGGGCCAGCGACCCUAGUACCCCGAGGCCACGGUCCAGAGCGCCCGGCAGCAGUCGCGCAGCGACUCCAGCGGGGCGUACCAUCUAUACUCGCACCCCGCAUCGUCCAUCAUCCCCCGGGUCCAGCCCUACGCGUAUAAUUAACAUGGUGUCUUCGCCAGGACCCAUGAGAUCGUCCCCAGUUCGUCCCGCGAAGGAGGUGAAACUGCCGUACGUCCUUCCACUCGGGCCAUACUCGGAGGACAAGCCAGAUUGCGCGUAUGCCGGUCUCAUUGGACAGGCCAUCCUCUCGUCGCCUGAGCACCGCCUCACGCUCCAGGACAUUUACGAGUGGAUCACGACAGUAUACCCGUAUUACAAACGCGGGGAACAGACGUGGAUGAAUUCCGUCCGUCACUGCCUGAGCACUAUGGCAGUUUUCCGCAAGGUCCCUCGCGUCCGCAAUGAGGGCAAGAGCCUAUGGGCGGUCUUUGACGAGGACGUGCCGGCGUUUGCCAAUGGCGGAUUCAAGAAGUCCCUCUGCCCGGACAUGGUCAAGUUGGAGAAGGAGAAGCAGGCCAAGCGUGGCCCCAGGAAACGCGGUGCAGCCACGGACGACAACAGGAAUACUAAGCGACACAAGAGCGAACACGUCGACGCAGAGGGGAGCCGUCCUGCUGCUCCUCCCCCGAUGCUCCCGCCGUACUUCCCUCCGUUCCACGCGAACCCUCACCACCAACCUUACUACCAGGCCUACGCUCCUCAUGCUAUCCCCGCCGAAGUGCAGGCAAUUCCAGCGGAAGUCGUGUUUCCUCCGCUCCCUCCCAAUGCGGGCUUCGCCACGUCGGUGUCGAGGCCUGCGUCGGUACGGCCGACGUCGUCAGGGGGCUCUGCUGCUCGUCCCGUCUCUGCAGCUGGCUCUGUAGCGACCGAAGCAUCGAUCGUGCGCGGACGCGACCGCUCACCGAAGCCCAUCUCAUCAUCCUCGUCCGUGCCCGCCUUGACGCCGAACUGCAGUUCCUCGUCAAGUCCACCGCUCUCCUUCCAUGCGAGCAUGAUGGACGAUGCUCGGUACAGUUCCUCGCCGGCGCUGUCGCCUGCCGUCGCGUUUAUGGAUACCGACGACGAAGAGGAUGAGUUGGAUGUGGAAUGGUUGCACAGAGGACCCCCGAUCGCAGCGCUCGCGCCCAGUGCUACUCUUCUCAGGCCGGCCGACUUCAACACAUCGCGCCGGUCGAAGUCGAAGCAGCAGCGCGAUGCGCGGAAGCGCCCGUCCCCAAGUCUUGUCCACUACAAAUCCCACCUAGACCCGCCACCACCGUCUGCGAUGCAUUUCCCCCAGGCCCCACUGCUCGCUGUUCCCGGGAGCUCGCAGAUGACGCCUCCCCGCCAGACCGGCAGCGCGGACGUGCACACGCCGCUGCGCAAGGUCUCGGGCACGUCCGACAACGGCCACUUCAGCUUCUCGCCCUUCGCGCCUGUCACACCGCAGCGGCUCACCUACCCGAACUUCGACUCGCCGUGGCGCACGCCGUCGAGGAGCACGUACGACCUGCAUGCGCCCUCGUCCCUGCUUGAUGAAGAGCUCCACAGGCAGAGCCUGAAGGAUAUCAGCCCAAGCCUGCUCGGGUUGGGCGGCCGACCGAAGGGUCUGUGGGAUAGUCCCCUGGCGUCCUCCAGCCCUAGUGUCGAGCGUUUCUGGGGCUAG